AGGAAAAAAUUCUUCACCAUAAUGGUUGUUAAGCACUGACACAGACUUUAACUAAAGCCAGGGCAGUGGUGGAGGCACCAUCCCUGUAGGGAUUUAACAGACGUGUGGAUGUGGCACUUGGGACAUGGGAUAGUGGUGGCCUUGGCUGUGGUGGGGGAACACUUGGAGUUGAUGGUCUUAGAUGGCUUUUCAAAACUAAGUGGCUCUGUGAGGACAGUCCAUGUUGUCUUAUGCUGGAAGAGACCACCCCAUCCUCAUCCUGAUGAGCUUCAGGAUGUGACAGGCAUCUUAGAAACACCUUGAGGGACAGCAUCCUUGCUUAUUACAGAUUUGCCUGACACAGCAAACCAUUACAUCAUUUUUUUUUGUGUUCAAAUGCAUCAAUUUCCCAGUUACUUUAUAAACUUAAAAUUUAGUAAGUUUCAAAGUAUGCUAAGACCCUGGAUUGUGUUAGGUGUAUUAUGUAAAAGGCAAAGAGACCUUUUUAUUCACUGACAGUGUGACAAGGGAAGACAUUGCAGAGAACAUGGGCCACGUGCUGUCCCCAGGGUGGUGCCCUGUUGUGGGUAAUAUCCUCAGCUUAAUUCAUUGUGUCUGAACAGAAAGGAUUUCCCUUUGAGGGCUCAGAGAAAAGCCUUGUAAUCAUUGGUAUGUUUGUCUUUUAUUACCACCUCAGCAAACUAAUACUCAAAAAUAGAUUUCUCAGCUGCUCUAAGCAUGGGGAAUGAAGAACAGAAGGAGAGAACAGAAACAUUAUAGAGGGUGAUAUCAGCAAUUCCUCUUUCCAUUGGAUGAUUUCAGCAUAUUUUGCCAACACUGAUUCAAUGGUAGAGAAUUAACAUCCUUGGUUUGGUUUUAAUGAGGAAGAACUUCUGAUCCCGUUACUGAGACCCGUUCCUUGGGGUCACAGUGCAUCAUCCAUCAUGAGGUUUUCUUGUGAAAUGGAAGGAAUAUGCAGUCUAUACACAGAGCAGCUGUGGUCUAAUCCUCCCCAGUUUAUCUAUUCCUAGAAUACAGCUCUGUUCUCUGGUUGGGAAUGGGCAGGUUGCCAUCAGGAACUUGUUGGCUGUUCAGUGACUGUCAGUGCUGUGAAGGGCCAUCAGCUGCAUCCAUCAAAGUGACUAAGCAGAGGAAUCUCCAUCAUCUGAGAAUGAUCCAGCCUCUUUUGUUUCCAACUUUUCAGUGCUCUGUGGGUGGAAGACACUGAGCAACAGUACAUUGAUGACAGUGGCUUGUGCAUGGGACUGGGGUUGCCUUUGGAGCUUUUUGAAGCAGGAGUAUUUGCCUUUGGCUUUGGUUCUGUUUUUCCCCAUUGUCCAGUGACAGGCCUCCCAGCGCUGGUUGCUCCUUUUGCAAUUCUCUGCUCUUUUAUGGAGUGCUUUUCAAACAGUUAAACUCUUACAAAUUCUCUGUUUCACACAAAUCCAUUCUAUUUUAUAUCUGCCUCUUUGUAAAGCAUCUGUCCUUGUCCAUGGCAGGGGGAUUGCCAGAUGACUUUUAAAGGUCCCUUACAACCCAAGCCUGAGAGAGUUCAAGAAGGAUUUGGAGAAUACUCUUGGACACAGGCUGUGACUCUUGGGGAUGGUGCUGUGCAGGACCAGGGGUUGGACCAAAUUGUCUUUAUGGAUUCCUUCCAGCUUUACGUAUUCUGUGAUUCUGUGGAACACACGGUUCUACAAUCUCCUGAAAGUGUAUUUAAAAGCCUGUCCCUACCUGGAAUGUGUAAAAUGAAAAAUCUCAGUCCACUCCUUAAGCUGUUUGCAUUAACUUAACAAGGAUAUACAUGUAAAAGCUCUUUGGCACUCUGGGAUAAGAGGAGUAUAAAAUGUUGUGGGUGGAAAUGAAAACUGUUCCCACUUGUGGUUGUUUCUGAGCGUCACCCAUUUGCUUUGCUCAGGACAUGGCACCCAAAACUUCAGCCCAGCUGAAAGCACCUGUGCUGUGUCUAUGGGGAGGGUGAAGAUAACUUGGUCUUCAGAAGUUUUCUUUCUCCAAGAGGCCAGACACCCUGCCCAGCUUGAACAUCUGGACUUUGUUGAGUGUCCUGGAUAUAAUUUAGGCAGCAGCUGAAAUCACACUGGGGAAAACCCAUGAAAUGCCUUGGACCUUCAAGUCCUCAUAUAGAUCUCUUUCCACCAGGCUGAAAGGGAUGCAGAGCUACACAGAGCCAUGAAACUGUACAUUAUCUUCUUCCUGGCAGUGGUGAACAAAGAAAUCUCUAACUACCAACUUUCAGAGGGGACAUCCUGUGAAAUGGCAAACUCUCAGGCAUUUUGUCACAACAAAGAUCUCCACCAAAUCCCUCGUGAGCUCCAUCCAAAUGUAAACAAAAUAGAUCUGUCGGGAAAUCUGAUUCAAAGCAUUCCUGAAAUGUCAUUAUCACUUUACACUUCCCUUCAGUGCCUGGAUUUAAGCUCUAACCAGAUAAGUUUCAUCAUGCCUGGAGUCUUUGCACAGAUGAAGAGUUUGCUGGAAAUAAAUUUAGCCAACAAUCACUUAUAUGAGCUUGCUCAAAAUGGCACAGAUGGGAUUGGACUCUUACCCAAGGUGGAAAUAUUGGACUUGUCCCACAACAGUCUGUACAAUGGGAUGGCUGAGCAUUUCAUUAAAGAAGCUCCAGCACUGCAAUAUCUUUCCUUGGCAGACAACAGUAUUAUAAUGAUCUCACAAAAGAUGUUUCAGGGGUCUCCCAAUCUUGUGGAGAUAGAUCUUCAGAGCAACAUCAUCAUGGAAAUAGAAGAAGGUGCUUUUGAGACCCUAGUGAGCCUGUCCAAACUCAAUCUCUCAAAGAAUUCAAUUACUUGCAUCUCUGAUUUUAACCUCAGGCAGCUGGAGAUACUUGACCUUAGCAGAAACAGCAUUGAGACCUUCCACACCACAAAAUCAGAUGAUGAAUAUAGCUUAAGGUGUUUGGAUCUGAGUGAAAACAAACUGUUUCACUUCCCAGUGUUCCCUCGGGUAAAUAAGCUGGUAACUCUGAAUUUAUCAAAGAAUUUAAUCCAGCUCACUGCUGAAUCCCCUCAUAAUAAAAUGGACUAUGUGAAAAAUGAAUGGCUAAAUGCUUCUUUCCAUAUUUUUGAUCAGAAGCAAAGUAGAAACAAAAGUUCUCUUUAUUUAUCCCAGCUUGAAUAUUUAGAUGUAAGUUAUAAUGAAAUCAAGUCCAUCCCAGAUGAGUUCUUUGAAUCAAUGUUGUCCCUUCACACCCUUAAUCUCAGUAAAAACUGUCUCCAGGCAUUUGCAGUAAGUUAUGACAGUGCAUUAAUCUCUUUAACUGUCCUUGACUUGAGCUACAAUGCUUUACAGAACCUUCUCCUUGAUGCUGAUGCAUUGUCAAAUUUGAAGGAGCUCUAUAUUCAAAACAACUAUCUUCAAACCCUGCAGUUUGACAUCUUCUCAAAUCUUCCUAGCCUUGGACUGCUUAAUCUACAGGGCAAUAAUAUCAGCCUUUGCAGCAUGUACUCAGGAUUAGCUAAACAAAGACUUGCUGGGGAGGAAAGUGGUUGUGUAUCAUUUGUCAAUUCUCCUGCCCUUCAGUACUUGCAGCUAGCUGACAACAUGCUGAAAAUCCUACCAGCAUACAGCUUCUACAAGACUUCUCUGGUUGUCUUGGACCUCUCCAUGAACCCUGGACUGAAAAUAGAACUUAAAGCAUUAUCAGGUCUGGAAAAGUCUCUGGAAUGUUUGGAUUUAUAUGGUAAUAACCUGAUAGAUUUAAAUAUUGACUUGCCUUGUUUUAGUCACCUUAAACAUUUAAACCUCUCUGAAAAUCAGCUGAACUGGCUGCCUAGGUGGGGCAGUGACUCUCCACUAGAAGUUCUGGACUUACGGAACAACAAGUUCAGUACAUUACAAAACAGCAAUAUUUUAGCAUUAGAAAAUUCACUUAAAAACUUGUAUCUAACUGGGAACCCACUCAGCUGCUGUGGAAACAUCUGGCUUUCAUCAAUGAUCCAGAACAAAAAUGUCCAGAUCUCCAAUGUGGAUCAUUUAAUGUGCCAGCACACUCAGAAUUUUGGGUACCAGGAUGAAAUGCACAUCAGGAACAUUAGACCAGAAGACUGUGAAAAAGAGGAUCUGAAGAAAAUCAGCUUCCUUAUUGUAUUAACAUUUGUGUUGGUUUUAUCUGUGAUCAUCAUUGGUGUGGGUUCAUUUUUUUGCUUCCGCAGGCAAAACUUUACCCAUCAGUUUAAAGCAUAGUAACACAAAAUGCCUUGAAAAAUUAAGAAAUCAGGUGCUACACUGACAGUGUGUAGAAAUUAAGGGUAAAAUUCUCAUCUUUGAUUUUCAGCUGUGGAUUUUAAAUGCUUUUGAAGUGCCCCUGAAUUACACCAUUGGUAUGGGUUGCAGGGACUGGAAGGAGAAUUUGCCAUGUUUUGCAAAUCCACUGUUUAACUCAAACAGGAGAAAUUUGGCCCUUGUGUGCAAUAUAUAUUUAACUGAGUUUAAUGUGAAGAAAGUCAUCUCUGGGGUGAAGGCUUUUUUUUAAAAAAAAAUAAAUCCUGGAGCAUGAGUUUCAACCAGCUAACACUGAACUGAAAUGAUUAUAUUUCUAAGAAACACUGUUGGGAAAUGACUGCAUAUGGUUUCAUUUCAAUGCAGGAGAAUAGUGUAUCUAUUUUUAAAGGCCCUGGGAGGUUAGACUGCAAAAAGGUGUUUUUAAGAUACCAGUGUGAAAUAAUGCAUAGGGAACACAGUCCUGGGCCAUUGCUCAGAUCUGACUUUCUACUGUCUUUCCCCAGAAAUAUAUUAUUGACUAGAGGAUGUGCUGCAAGAAGAGUUCUGUAGGUCCUCAAUCUGUGUUUAACAUGGCUAGCCUGGUUUUGCUAAAAGUUGACACUGACCAAUGUUAUGUCCCAUACUCUCACUGACAAUUCAUCCCUGUGAAGGGAACAUGACAGUGAGUGGGAGCCUGACCUGCCAGCAGGGUGGCUUGGAAAAGGAGCUGUAUCAGGUCUUCUGUUAAUGCCAGGAACUGUCCACUCAGGCAUGUAACAAAAAUAGUGCUCAAACUGAAACCUGUCAAGGUAAAUAACUCAAAUUGCUGCUCCAUUUCUGUUUCUUUAGCUAGUGAAUGUCAAAACUACCACACUACAAAAAGGUGCAUAAUUAUAUUUUUAAGCGGCUAUGUGUGAAACUGGCUGGUGGUUUUCAUUGUGGAAUUUUGUACAAUAAAAACAACUUUGAAUUUUGUAAAAAGCACAAGGCUGUGGAUAUAUUAAAGCACCAGCUUGGAAUGCUCCACAGAUAAU